AUGACAGAAACAGAUGACUUUUUCAUAAACAGAGAAGUGUUUGAUACGGCAGAAACGUACAAAAGGGACCGUAAGAGGAGAGGAAUUGCUUUAAUCUUCAAUCAUGAGAGGAUCUUCCUGCACUUAACCCUGCCAGACAGGCGGGGCACCAGGGCCGACAGAGACAAUCUUAAGCACAGGUUUUCAGAUCUAGGAUUUGAAGUGAAAUGCUUUGAUGAUCUUAAAGCAGAAGAACUACUGCUCAAAAUUCAUGAGGCGUCAACCGCUAGCCACGCAGACACCAUUUGCUUUUUGUGUGUUUUCCUGAGUCAUGGUGAAGGCAACCACAUCUAUGCAUAUGAUGCCAAAAUUGAAAUUCAGACAUUGACUGGCUUGUUCAAAGGAGACAAGUGUCAGAGCCUGGUUGGAAGACCCAAGAUAUUUAACAUUCAGGCAUGUCAGGGAAACCAGCAGGAUGUGCCAGUCAUCCCUUUGGAUGUAGUGGAUCAUCAGACAGACAAGCUGGAUGUCAACCUAACCCAGGUGGAUGCAGCCUCAGUUUAUACACUUCCUGCUGGAGCAGACUUCCUCAUGUGUUACUCUGUGGCAGAAGGUUAUUAUUUUCAUCGGGAAACUGUGACUGGCUCAUGAUACAUUCAAGAUUUGUGCGAGAUGCUGAGAAAAUUCAGCUCCUCCUUAGAGUUCACAGAACUCCUCAUGCUGGUGAACAGGCAAGUUUCUCAGUGCCUAGUGAAUAUCUGCAGAGACCCAAGUGCAAUUGGAAAGAAGCAGGUGCCCUGCUUUGCCUCAAUGCUAACUAAAAAGCUGCAUUUCUUUCCAAAAUCUAAAUGA